AUGGCGCCAACCAGGUACAUUGUUCUCAUCGACGCCGGCUCGACAGGAUCUAGGCUCUCUAUCUUCAGGUCGCCAUAUAUUGGUGCUGAGCCGCCUUGGGCCCGUCUCGGAAUCAACCAGAUAUUCGAGGAUGCAAAAUCGCGGCAUGAGAUAGGGACCUGCGGUGGUGGCAUUCACUGCGCAAUUACCGGACAGGACGUUAAAGCGCAUCUCGGCCCUAUCCUUGAUGCCGCGGUCAACCAUCUCAGGCCUCUGGGAGGUGCCGAUGCAUCAACUCCUGACAACACAGUUAUCUACCUUUUGGCCACAGCAGGAAUGCGAAACUUGGGGCGAGAGCAUGUGGCUCGUUACGAUUAUGUCCUUCACCAUGCUGGUGAAUUUAUCCGAUCAUACAGCCUUUAUUUCAGAUUUCAUACCACGAACAUCCGCACGAUACCCGGACAACAGGAAGGGUUGUUUGUGUGGACGUACUUGAACUACGGGCGCCCCGAUGAUCAAGGCAACACAACAGCAGUAUUGGAAAUGGGAGGGGCUUCCCACCAGUUUGCAUACGCAGUCCAGGACAAUUUGGACCCCCACGCGCUUUCCGUAUGUACCAACAUACCUGCCAUUAGGUCACAGAACCGAAAGGAAAAUGUUUAUGCGCGCUCUUGGGAUGAAUUUGGGGUAGAUGCCUACAACAACCUGUUCGUCAAACAGCUUGUCGGAUAUGAAAACCCAUGCCUUCCAACUGGACAGAAGGUCAAGGCCAAGAAUGGCGUGGAGCAUACAGGAAAAGCCGACUUUAAACUUUGCCAUGAAAUCGCUACCAAUGUAUACGAAGGCUUCGAAUUCCCCGCACUUCCUAAUUCUCCCAACAUAACCAGCUUCGAGGCGUUGUCGAAUUACUGGCACACCUAUGAAUUCUUCAGCCAACGUCAUGGCGCCGGGUACAUUGCCAGCAAUCCCUAUAACGCUGCUGCAUUCAACGCAGCUGUGUUGGGGUACUGUAACGAGAGUUGGGAUAAUGUGAAGGAAUGGGUUGGUACAUUACCUUACGCCUCGGACGAGUACACUCAGAGGCAUUGUCUUCUCGCGGCGACGUUGCUACACAUAUUGAAAGACGCACCGAAACCAGUCUCUAUGAGGAAGAGCGAGCCUUGGACGUGGGGUGCCGCUGCACUUAUAGCAAACAAUAGAGGGUUAAAGCUCUGUCACGACGAUGAACAGGAGUUGCCACUGUUCCUAGCCCCGCAACCCUGGCACGCUGGCAAGAAUGGGUCUCUUGCUGAGAUCCCACCUACCUUCCCUCCGCAUGCUUUCGUGCAACCCGCUCUAAUCAUCCGUACCCCAUCCAUCCCCUUGUGGGCCUACCUCUCGUUCGCCGCGGCAUUGAUGCUCAUCGGCCGUCUCGUUGUGCAGCGCUAUCAUGCGAAGGCCCUUGGCAAAAUUUGCCUUCCGGAUAUGGAGAGCGCGUCGGGUGCGAAGGGUGAUAUGAAGGAUCUCGCUGGGACCGUUCAGGGUUUGGAAGGGUUUUACAAGGAUUGA